CUAUGGGUUUAUCCGCUUAUCGUUUUCUCAGACUCAGCUGUUAAAUGUUUUUAUCUUCAUUUUGUGCCGAAGUUGCAUGUUGUGUUGUGAUUCCAAAUUCCAGAUUCCAGAGUUCUAACGUGAGGGAGGCCAGAGGAUUGUUUGUAAAUAUUUAAUUCUACGCAGGGUUGUUGGUUGUCGCGCAGGCCGCAGGUUGACCAGAGACGUGUGUGAAUAAGUUGAGUCAUCAGUGCCGUGCAUUAUUUUAAAUAGAUUGCGGAUCAUUUAACAAUUAUAAGAAAUGGCUACUAGUUCAUUAUCUACAGAGAGUUUCAAAAUGCCUUCAGAACCAUAUCCCUUGCCUUCAUUAGGCUCGGACGAGGAAUCUUUCGUUGUUUUAUGGAAGGAUAUGGACAGUAAGUCAAUCGUAGAAAUUAAUCAUGAACCAAUUGGUACUGGUAUUGUGGAAGAAGCCAAACAGCUGAUAAAUAAAGAGUUGACAGAGAUGGAGAAAUUGAGUUUAGUGAAUAAAGCUGAGACACAAGCAGAAAAUAAUUUGUCUGUCGAUGGUCCAAGCAGUCAAAGUGAAAGCAAAGUUGUUGAGAGCACCCAAAUGGAUAAAUCAUCGGUUUUGCCAAAAAUGCCUCAAGUUGAGAAAGGAUUUGAAACCUCAGACGUUAUAAGCAUUACAACUUUAUCUACCGAUCUCACCUCAGAGCAAGUCCAAAAGAAAGUGUCGGAAAUUGUUGAAGAAAACAUCCGACUUAAAGAUACAAUUCUGCAAAAUAACAUGAGUAUGAAGUCACAGUAUGAAAGAAUUGUGGCAUGGCAGGAAGAUGUCCAAAAGGUGCACCAAGCUCACAAGGAAAAGAUCAUUGAGGCCAAAGAAUUUAUCGAAAAGCUGAAGAAAGAAAACUACAACUUGAUCCGAGAAUUGGAACAGUUGAAAGCUGUGAAAAAUGCUCAAGACGAAGAUAUAGUUUCGUUGACAAAGGCAAUUCGUGAAAAAGAGCAACGUAGUGCGGAGACGAACAAUCCUAAAUCAAAAGAAAAUUUUGAAUUGGAGUUGGAUAUGGUCAAUAAGACUAUAAAACAACUAGAAGUAGGAAUGAAGAAUUUAACUGUAGAAAACGAAGCUCUUAAGGAAGAAAAGGUCAAAGUGAUUGAAGUCAAUAAAAAAGUGGAAGAGUACGAAAAAGAAAUCGAUGGAUUGCAAACAAUUUUGCAUGCUAGCAAGAGGGAGCUGGAAGAGGCUAAAAUGGAAUUGAUGAAAAUGAAGUCUACGGAUGAGGAGAAGAUGAAAUCUCUGAAUGAGGUAAUUGACAGCCUGAGGUCGCAGUUGUUUUUCACCAAACAACAACAGACCGUGCUGCCUACGCAAGAGGAAGUGGCAAAUAUCCGACAGCAGCUGGCAAACACUCAGGUUAUGUUGACGCAAGUCGAACAGACUAGGAGUGCUCCCUAUAUACAGCUCCAGACUUUGAAUAAAGAGAACCUUGAACUGAAGACGAAGCUGGGCGAAUUUCAGACUCAGACGGAUGAUAUAUAUGCACUAAAAGCACAGUUGGAUGUGUACAAAGCAGACUUCGAAGCAGAAAGGAACGCCAAGGAGACCAUAAAAAACGAGAAAGAGAGGCUUUCAGAAGACAUGCAGAAUUUACAGAGACGCAACCAACAGCUUCAGGAAGAAAUCGAAUUGUUGCGAGAGAACGAUUACGUCGUACCCCCUUCGGUACCGAGGGAGCGGAUGCCCACUCCCUCUGCACCUUGCGCCUCUUCCGGUGAUCAUCCAAUGAAAUGUCCAGUUUGCAACUUUGGAUUCAAAACCCACCAAGCUCUAGAAAACCACGUUUAUAGGUGCAUAGAACUUAACGAUCACUUACCCUAGAGGUUGUUUAUAAAAAAAUAAUAAUAAAUGAUGCUGUAUAUUUUUUUAACUUAGUAUCUCAUAUAUGUAUACUAGUGAGUAUUAUUAAGAGUGAUACAUUUUGUUCGAUAUUUUUUAAUCUGAUUAGAGUUAGGACGAUUUUCUGGUAACUGCAAGCGCUGCGGUAAAUAUUAAUCCUAAUUUAGAUCCAACUGAAGUUCACUUUAGGACGGAUGCAGUUCUUUAAGGGCAUUGAAUAAUAAUUUUUUUUGUGACGACUUUAUUUUUGGAGUGAAUGGGUAAGUAUUUAAAGAAAGGGUAUAUUAGGUUUUGUAUGACUACGCCAGUGGAACAUACUGAGCGUUUUUAAGGAAUGAGAUAGAUAAUUCCAUAAGGAUUAUUGUUAGUUAAUCGUUGGACUUUAUUUAAUUGUAUAUUCUGGUUAUGUAAUAAAAUUAAUUACAGAUUUA